AUGUCCGUCGCUGGGAGGUGUUUAGUCGGGCCCAGAGCCUCCUUGCGAGUUGUUGGGCGGGCACCGUUCAAUCUUGCGCGGGCACGUCCUCUGCCCUCUCAACGCUUCAGCACAAGCAAUUGCCUGAGAACUGCUGAAGACCUAGCUGCCACGCUCCCACCGACGCCCCGGAAGUCCCUUUUCAGACGUGGCCUCACCGUCGCAGGACUCUUCGUCGUCUUCACAACCGCCGGCUUCGUCAUGGCCACAGCAUCCACCGUAAGAGAGCUUGACGGCCUCAUCCACCCCCCGACCGACGAGGAAACCCUCUCCAUGUUCACACCUCCCGACGCUACCUCCCUCGAAGUCGAAGAAUUUAUCCGGAACCACCCCCUCGCCCUCGAACUGCGCACCAAACCCGAAUUCUCCGAAUCCCGCCCCCAUCUCAAGAUCCCCGAGCAGAUGCGCGGCCACAGUCUCACCGGAGGCACCUUGAUGGGGCCGGGUAAGGUCGUCGUGCCCCCUUUCGUGUGGAGCGAGAAGGGAGGGAAGAGCCUUGUUAGCAUACAGUACCUUGGGGGCGAUUUGUGCGGGCAUCCGGGACUGGUGCAUGGGGGCAUGCUGGCGACGAUGUUGGACGAGGGGCUGGCCAGGUGUUGUUUUGCAGCCUUGCCGAAUAAGGUGGGCAUGACGGCGAAUCUGAAUAUCAAUUACCGAGCCCCGGCAAUGGCGGGUACAUAUGUGGUGCUCAGGGCGAAGACAACGAAGGUGGAGGGUAGGAAAGCGUGGGUCGAGGGGCACAUUGAGACUUUACCUGCGGAAGGGGAGAAACCUGUUGUGCUUGUAGAGGCGAGCGCUUUGUUUAUCGAGCCUCGACAAGCAGCGCGGGGGUUCCUGAAUCGGUCGGGUCGGCCUUUGAAAAGAUUGUCUUGGAGGUCCAUCUCCAAGGGACUGCCCGCCAUUCAGCUUCCCACAGCACGGUUUGAAGCGAACACUGUGAUCGAGUACUUGCAACUCCCAUUUUCACCCCCUUCAACUACCAAACAGAACUUCGCAAUGGCAACCAACAUAACAUGGCACCCCUCCCUCUCCCGCUCCGAGCGCAACACCCUGCGCAAGCAGCGCGGCUACACGAUCUGGUUCACGGGCCUGUCCGCCUCGGGAAAAUCGACCGUUGCCACCGCCCUCGAGCAGCACCUCCUGCACCUCGGCCUGGCGGCAUACCGACUGGAUGGCGAUAACGUGCGCUUCGGGCUGAACAAGGACUUGGGGUUCAGCGAGAAGGACCGCAACGAGAACAUCCGGCGGAUUGCCGAGGUCGCAAAGCUCUUCGCAGACUCCUCCACCGUCGCUCUGACAUCCUUCAUCUCGCCCUACAUCGCGGACCGCCAGAUCGCGCGCGAGCUGCACGCCUCCUCCGCCUCGGGCGAGGACGACCCCAUCCCCUUCGUCGAGGUCUUCGUCGACAUCCCCGUCGAGAUCGCCGAGCAGCGCGACCCGAAAGGGCUGUACAAGAAGGCGCGGGCGGGCGAGAUUCCCAAUUUCACAGGCAUCAGCGCGCCGUAUGAGAAGCCCGAGAAGCCCGAGGUGCAUAUCCGGACGGAUCAGCUGAAUAUCGAGGAGUGCGUUGUGAAGAUUGUGGAGUACUUGAAGGAGCAGAAGCUGCUGCCCUAG